CGCCCACUGCAGAUCCCAAGGUCGGCGGGCGAUCAUGCUGCGGCUUCGGCUUCCCACCGUCUCUCUGCUGCUGGGGCCGCUGCUGGGGCCGCUGCUGGCGGGCCCGGCGCACGGCUUGCAUGUCUCCCAGAGGACGUUUGCGAUCGACUACAGCCAGGACAGCUUCCUCAAGGAUGGCCAGCGCUUUCGCUACGUCUCGGGGAGCAUUCACUACCACCGCAUCCCCAGCUUCUACUGGAAAGACCGGCUGCUGAAGAUGAGGAUGGCCGGGCUGAACGCCAUCCAGAUGUACGUGCCCUGGAACUUUCACGAGCCCCUGCCAGGACAGUACCAGUUCUCUGAUGACCACGAUGUGGGACACUUUAUUAAGUUGGCUCAAGAGCUUGGGCUGCUGGUCAUCCUGAGACCUGGACCCUACAUCUGUGCGGAGUGGGACAUGGGGGGACUACCUGCUUGGCUGUUGGAGAAAGAAUCUAUUGUUCUUCGUUCAUCUGACCCAGACUACCUCGCGGCGGUGGACAAGUGGCUGGGCGUCCUUCUGCCCAAGAUGAAACCUCUCCUCUAUCAGAAUGGAGGACCGAUCAUAGCAGUGCAGGUGGAAAAUGAGUACGGCAGCUACUUCGCCUGCGACUAUGACUACUUGCGAUUCCUGCAGAAGCUCUUCCGCCACCACCUUGGCGACGAUGUGGUUCUGUUCACCACGGACGGGUGGAGCGAGGCCUUCCUGAAGUGCGGGGCGCUGCAGGGCCUCUACGCCACCGUGGACUUCGGGCCAGGCGUCAACAUCACAGCGGCCUUCCUAAACCAGAGGAGCGUUGAGCCCAGAGGGCCCUUGGUCAAUUCUGAAUUCUACACAGGCUGGCUAGAUCACUGGGGCCAACCGCACUCCACAGUCAGUACCCAGGCAGUGGCUUCCUCGCUCUAUAACAUCCUUGCCCUUGGGGCGAAUGUGAAUUUGUACAUGUUUAUCGGUGGGACCAAUUUUGCUUACUGGAAUGGGGCCAACACUCCCUAUGCAGCGCAGCCCACCAGCUAUGACUACGAUGCCCCGCUGAGCGAGGCCGGGGACCUCACUGAGAAGUACUUUGCGGUGCGAAACGUGAUCCGGAAGUUUGAGCAAGUACCAGAAGGUCCCAUCCCUCCAUCGACACCAAAGUUUGCAUAUGGAAGAGUCGCUCUGACCCAGUUAAAGACCGUGGAAGAGGCUCUGAACAUCCUAUCUCCCUCUGGGCCCGUAAAAAGCCUUUAUCCCUUGACAUUUGUCAAGGUGAAACAGGUCCCCCAGGGAAUCCUUGAACGGAACAAUGUGACCACCCUGAACAUAAGUGGGGAAGCUGGAGCCACGCUGGACCUGCUGGUGGAGAACAUGGGGCGCGUGAACUAUGGCAGGUUUAACAAUGAUUUUAAGGUAGGAUAUGCACACCAGGGUCAAGUGUGGAUUAAUGGCUUUAACCUGGGCCGCUACUGGCCGGCGCGGGGCCCGCAGAAGACCUUGUUUGUGCCAAAGCACAUCCUGACCGUCUCGGGGCCGAACACGAUCACCGUGCUGGAACUGGAGCGGGCGCCCUGCAGCGGGGCCGGGCGGGAGCUGUGCGCCGUGGAGCUGGUGGACCAGCCGGUCAUCGGCGCGUCUGUGACCUACACCCACUUCCCCGUGAAGCCACCCCGCCAGACGCCGUGGCCGCACCAUGGGUGAUAGCGACAGGCUGUGGCCCCACACCGGCCUCAAAGGCCCCCCUGCUGUUGCGACAGUCCCUGCAGAGCUGGAGUGGACGGAAAGUAGGGAGGGUAGUGUACAGCAUGGGUCCCCAUGCCGCCCACCACCGCCCCACGUUGGAUGGAGGUCCCACCCGGGAUGAUCUGCCAAGGUGGCGUGUAAGCUUUCCAGGCAUGUCUGAUUUUUAUUUUGGAAGAAUCAUGUUGCCUUUUUGGUGAACUAAAAUUUGUACUCAAUUGAGAGUGUUCCUGUUUCUACUUGAGCGGAAUUAAAUUACAUUAGAUGAUA